AUGGCGCCUGGCAAAACAGCGCCACGGCUGCUACAGGACCUUCUCACAUAUGAUCCACGUCGUGAGGAUCGGGCUGGUCGCAAUCUCCUGACCAGCGCCCCGCCCGAGCACAACCCCAGCAGAGACGGGAUCCCCGCGGUGCCCCGUGGAAACUGCAGACACGCGCUUGUAAGAAAGGAUGAGCAGUGCCUGCUACCACCGCCUGGCGAGAGGCCGAGACACAAUACGAUAUACAAGGUCGCAUCGUACUGCCCACAAUGCCGUUACCACAUCGACGUCAUUGUAGAGUUCAAGGGAAAGGGUUACUUGGAGGGGGUAUGUGGGAAGCAGAACUGGGAUUUCCCACUGCACCACUUCGUAUACGAAGGGGACGAUGGCACACAGAGCAAUGGUAUCGGUGGCCAGCAGGCUCCAAAGUCUUUCUCCUUCCGUUGCACGGCGGACGCGUGCCCAACCACAGUCCGCAUAGACCUGAAGCCUCCGCGCUUUACGGAACACGACCAGGAGUUGAUGAUGAACAAAGCACAGCUAAGAAGAAGAUUUGAGAAGUCGAGGGAAUUGGUGGACGCGCGUGAGGGUGAGACCAUGGCUCGCAGUGUCGAUGCGCCCGAUUAUCUCGAUACGUUCCUGCGGGACUCGCUCAAUCCAGCGCCAGGCAAAUCGCGCGUCCCUCUGCUGAACAGGAAGUUUGCAAAGACCUUCUGGAGAGACUGUGACCCAAUAUUGAAGCGCCUGGGUUUCGAGCAUACAGUUGAGGUGAACGACGACGACGGAGCAAGCGUUGAGGUCUGGUACCUUCCUAAGCCCAAGGACCAACAAGACCCUCUUCAGUCGACCUUGCGAACUACGAUCGAGGACGCCCGAUACGAACUGAACUCCAUAAUCCUCGCGGUCCCAGAGGGCGAACGCUCGAACGUUAGGCACCAGCCGAUGUACCCAGUUCCUUCACAAGGUGACAUUGAGCAAGUCCUAGCCUGCCACGACUAUGAAAAGAUAAGCUCGCGAACGCGCAACGACAGCAAUUCACAGGAAGACCACCCUUUUUAUGCCGGCCUCGGCGCGGUCAGUGACUUCGCAGACGUCCUGAUCUACUUCGCGUACCGGCGACAAAGUGCCGUCGACAAGAUCAACGCGCCAUAUUAUCUGACUUGCCUCGAAGACCUUGCCAAAGGUCGCCAAAGCGAGGUGCUGCAGAUGGAGGUGGCCACGCUCGCAUCCCAAGGACUCCCCAGCAGAAGCGAAGUGAACAACGCAUAUCGCAAUAUUGGAAUGGAGCCAGCCCAUGGAUAUACUUUCAGUGAUGAGUUUAUCAUCAAUCAAGUCAGGUCCCGCCUACCUGAUCUCGCCCCGGCAGCUCGCGAGGACUUGCGCCGAUACCUUCGAAUUAUUGGGGUCGCGCGUGACAGCAACGCAAUACAACGAGAAGCUUCUGAGUCAAUCGAUACGUACGAGGAAGCUCUGUCGUGGCUGGACCUCGAUCAAGCUCAGCCCGACGAUUUCGUUCGAACCAUGUUCACCAUAAAGACAUCAGACAACCCCUCGUGCACUGAGUCUGCCAGGAAAGCAGUAUCAGUCAUAGCCGAGCAUCGAAACAGCGACAGGCUACGGCAGUUCCUACACGAAGGAACCAUGACCGAGCCUGAAAUGGAUCUGAGCGAAGCAUACGCUUUGUUUGAGAUUUCGGCCAUGUCCGACAGGCAAAACGUCGACUUGUCAGUUUUGCAGAGCUCCAUGCUCGUUGCGCCCCCGAGUGACAUAGGCAAGCUCCAGAAAGCAUAUUCCUUGAUCGAACAUGAUCAAUCCCAGAACUACAACAACAAAGAGGAUCAGCCCAAAGAGACAGGGUCACGCAUCAACGACUUUCCUCUGGAUACAUGGCCCGUUGGCUGCCGAAACAACGGCAAUACGUGCUACCUCAACAGCGUUCUUCAGUUUCUGUUCACGAUCAAGCCUCUGCGUGACUUGGUCCUCAACUUUGACGCUUACGUACAGGAUACAUCGCCGGAAGCCUUGAAAAACAAAAAGGUCGGGCGCACGGUCGUCACUCCAGAAAGAGUGGCAACUGCCCAGAAGUUUGUCCGUGAGUUGCAAAGUUUGUUUGAGCUGAUGAUCCGAGCACCUACCGACAAUGUCUUACCAACGAAACAUCUUGCUGAGCUGGCACUGUGCAAAACAGAUAGCCCAGAAGUAGGUGUUAACGAGCCCGUCGAUGAAGGCAAGAACAGUAACGAUCUGCUCAAUGGCACUGUGGCAGCUCAGAUUAAAGAAGACAUCUCUGGUACCGCUCCUAUUGACUCGGUUAUGGACGAGGGAGACGAUGUCAAGAACGAAGACGCAGCAAGCCAUACCUCUGUGCAAGCUGCCAACGGAGAGCUUGACUCGGUCGAGAAACCAUCACCCCCCACUCGAGCACCCCCUGUGCCACCUCGGCCAAAGGCACAGGCACAGGCACAAGAACAAGAACAAGCAAAGGAACUCAAAAAAUCAAGAGAUGACCAUAUAAGUGAGAGCGCUAGGCAGCAGGAUGCUGCUGAGGUCAUGGGAAACAUCUUGGACCUAGUUUCAUGCGCGAUCAGGGGCGACGGAGUUCUGCGUGACGGUGAGCAGGAUGACCUUAUCAAGAACCUCUUCUUCAGCGACGUAACAAUCGUACGGAAUACGACAGACAAAGUCGAGAAGACCAGCGAACUUCGGAAUCAUCACUUGAUUUCUGCUGGUGGACGCGAUCGUCAUCUCUACGCGGCUCUUGAUGACGAUUUUGGAUUGAGCGAUCUUGAGGGAGGCGACAACAAGUAUGAAUAUAUUGCGCAAGCUGCUCCUAUCCAAAUCGUCAACGUGCGCAGGCUGCAGUUCAACAAGGAGAAGAAGCAGCAGGUCCGUGACACAGCGCAGCUUAGCCUGGACGACGUUCUGUACCUAGAUCGAUAUCUCGAGGCCACCAACACGUUAACUGGGGACAAGCUCCUGCAGUUGCGUAAAGCACAGUGGGCAAAGCAGCAGGAGCUUCAACGCCUGGCAAUACGAUGCAAAGACUUGCAAGCACUCGAGAUUGAAGGCAUGGAUCUUGCUGAAGCAGUAGAGGAGACGGCGUUGUUUACUGAAAGUUUCCUCGCAGGUAUUGAGCAGCGAAUGACCGAGUCUCUGCUUACUCCGCCACCUGAAGAGCUUCCAGCGAGCCUGCACGAGAGGGCGAAACAACUCAAAGCAGACCUCGAGGAGAUCAGCACUUCCAUGACCCAGCUCGAAUCGGAUGUCGACACUGUGUUCAAGCAAUACUGCGACCAUGGCUACCGCCUGCACGCCAUUUUCGUUCACCGUGGCGGCACCGGCUCGGGUCAUUAUCUGAUUUACAUCAAGGAUUUCCAGAACAACACAUGGCGCGAGUACAACGAUGAGACCGUUAGACCCUACUCCGAAGAAGACGUCUUCAAGCUUGGGCCGGGUGCCUUGGCUGCUGGAAGCACAGGGAUUGUAUUUGUCAAGGAUGGCUCUGUCGAUACGCUUACCGAAGCGGUUUGUAGACGGCCGGACUAUGCUGCGGCAGGCACGACGACUGAGCAGGAACACACGGAUACUGAAAUGACGGAUGCCAACGUCCCGAGCAUCAAGUACGACGGACUCGACGUCAUCGAAGGAGUUGAGAAACCGUGA